AUGGCGACCAAUUCGAUAAGCUUGAAGUUUUUGCCUCGUCCUCUGCGAAGAGCUUUGCUUGAUUUUCAAAAAGAGGGUGUUCGAUUUGGAAUAAGAAAACAAGGAAGAUGUCUGAUUGGAGACGAGAUGGGACUAGGGAAAACCCUUCAAGCAAUCAGUAUCGCAUAUUAUUACAAAGAUGCCUGGCCACUGUUGAUUGUGGUGCCAUCCUCUGUCAAGUUCUCCUGGAUUGAUGAGAUUGAGAAAUGGCUGCCUGAGUUUGAACCACAUGAUUUGAAUCUCAUAAGAUCAGGCUGCGAUAUCAGUAACCUUGGAAAGGCCAUGAUUCAUGUUGUGGGUUAUGGUCUACUGAGCGUAGCAACCUCUAAGUUGUUGCUUGAAGCUCUGGAAAACCAUAAGUUGAAUAUUGUCAUACUUGAUGAAUCACAUUACUUAAAGAACAGGCAGUCAGUGCGCACAAAGCAUCUGCUUCAAAUCUGCAAGAAAGCCAAGCAUGCCAUUCUGUUGAGUGGAACUCCUUCACUAGCUAGACCUAGGGAGCUAUUUCCUCAGCUGAACAUUGUUUGUCCAGGCAAGUUUGGUUCCUUCAGUCAUUUUGUUAAAAGAUACUGUGAUGCACGGGAUGUAUUUUUCAGAGGGAAGAGGGGUUAUGACACAAGUGGUGCAUCAAACCUUGAUGAGCUGUAUCAUCUCCUGAAAACCCAUGUCAUGAUAAGACGUCUUAAGAAAGAGGUGCUGACUCAGUUACCACCAAAGAGAAGACAAAAAGUGAUUUUUGACAUCUCAGAGUCCAACAGUAAAUACAACACAGAAUUGAAGCAGAUCAUGAAAGACUUCAGGAAAUGUUCUGCCAUUAUUAAUGGGUCAAUCGCAGAUGAUCAGUCAAUUGAGUCACCUCUGACAGAAAUCAGACGCCUAUCAACGCUUGUUUAUCACUACACUGGCCUUGUCAAGAUUGGUCCAGUUCUGAAGUACAUUGAAGACUUGGCUCAGGGAAUGGAUGGCAAAUUUAUUGUGUUCUUCCGUCAUCGCCUUGUACGUCAAGCGAUCGAGGCAAAGUUGGUGGCCUUGAAACUAAAAUAUAUUUGCAUUGCGGGUGAUGUUCCAUCCGGAAUCAGAGGGGAAUUAGUUCAUUCAUUUCAAACCGACACACAAGUACGAGUUGCAGCCCUGUCCAUCGAAGCAGCUUCUUUUGGACUCACUCUCACUGCAGCCCAUCAUGUAGUGUUCGCGGAGCUUCAUCACACUCCAGGUGUUAUUAUACAGGCUGAGGACAGAGCUCACAGGAUAGGGCAGACACUACCGGUUAACAUUCAUUACUUGAUUGCCAAAGGGACUGUGGAUGAGAUACUGUGGUCGCUUAUCAGACGCAAGGUCUACGUUACUACUACCACCUUGGAUGGGAAAUGUAAAGAUCUUGAGACAGAGGAUGCAGAUGAAGAUCUGGGUCGGAAGUUGUCAGCAUGUGCUGCAUGGAUCCAAGAACAAGAGGAAGGUGCUGAGGACCUGGAAGAUUUCGUAAUUGAGCAGCUUACAUCAAAAGCUGGCAAAAAGGAUCAAGGGCAGAGAGAUCUUCGUUCUUUUUUUGUCGCAACACCAGUUUCAUCAAAGUCAACUUCCUUCGAAAACAGCGCUUGUAGUCACUAUACGACGGUCCCUAUAGACAAAAAUGCAAAACUGGGUGUGACCAGGAAAACAGCGGGGGAUCCAAUAUAUGUGCUGGACAAAGAAGAAGACGGUUUAUCGACUUGGGAUGGUUUGAAGAAUGAUGCUCCUAUUUCGGCAGUGCCUGAUUUUGUGCAAAUCCCCGAGGAAAAACCUCUCAAGAAAGACACUAAGUCUUGCGCAGAAAGUCGCGAAAACUGCGAAAAUCUUAGAACUGACUUCAAACCUGGUAAAGAAGCAUUAAAGGAAAAAGGAUGUCCACUUAAGCUAAAAACAUUAAAGUUCAAGAAAGGGAGACAUGGCAAGCUAUCAUUUGCGGAAGGCAAAACAAACACAAAACAGUGUCAACAAAAAACCAACUGCAAUAGUCUUCUGAAUUCUUUCGGAAAUGAUCCUGAGACGGAAUCACAGACACUGCGAGGCUAUCUUGAUAAUGAAGAUGAACCUGAAAUUACAAAUUUAGAAGAUUCACAAAAUAUUAGAGAGAAGUAUGAUUGCUUGGGUGGAGGUUUGAAGGCAAGAGACCGAGAAUUUUUUACCUAUUUACAAGAAGCUGAUAUAGAGUGUGUAGAAGUGGUCUGUAAACGGACAUCAAGACUGUUACAGGACCGUCAAGGUGGCUUCAAUGACAGUACUACCGAAAGAAUGAAACACAAAAUAGGACGUACAGUUAAUGAUUCGCAAAAUUCAUUUGUAACAAGUCAAGGUUCCAAAGGAGGAUCUCCUUCAAGAGAUUCUGGCGAACUUGACAUGUUAGAUCCACCCAAGGGAACGUCAGAUGUAGUCAACGGGGACACUGAUGGCUUGCGCGAUAAAAUUGGAAAGUUACAAAAUAGGCAAGUAACAGACUCUUGCACAAAUUCCUGUGGUCUUUAUGUAGAGGAAAUUGGGAAUAAAUCUGACAUAGAUUCUGCUGAGAAAAGGAAGAUGCCUUCUCCCUCUGAUCAAGGAAGACAAAGUCUUGAAAACGGUUCUUCCUAUUUUAACAUUGUUUCUUUAGAAGAUGGAGCUACUGCAAUUGAAGGUGUUUUGUGCGAGAGGAGUAACAACCUACGAUAUGGAACUAGACUGAACCAACCUUCAAAAGAGAGCCUAAGACGUGCAAGAGGCGAUGUUUUCAAUCCCCCAGAGAAUUCAUCACGAGAUCAUGAAAAUAAGGAAUGUUUGCCGAUUAAAGAGGAUGAAAAUGCCAGUAUCACUGCAGUGCCUUAUGAUGACGAUUCAUCAGAUGAUUUCCAAGAUAUCGAAUUUAAAAAUACUCAAGUUGCCAAUCUACUGGUCGCACAGAGGCCCACCAAAAAGCGGAAGGCCACUAACAAAUCGAAACAAAAGACUGCAAACCGAGGAGCCAAGACUUGUAACAAGGAUAAGCAACCGCCUGCCGAUUGGCCCUGUGGUGCAUGUACUUUUAUUAAUGAUGGGCAGCUUUUGGAGUGUUCCAUCUGCUUCACACCUCGUGCAAAUAUUGACGAGACCACGAGCACUGUCGACAAUGAAGAUCUAUGCAUCAAAAGUAUCGGUGGACAAGGUUAUGAUGACGUUUGUAUUUCAGAUAAAAUGGACCAAUAUGAAGCUGGAGUAGACUGUACAGAUACCAGUUCUACCAGUGUAGAUCGUGGCAGGACCAAUGGAGUAGUGAAACAUGAGUCAUCGCAGAUUUCUUUUGGCUCUGCCCAAAUGACGUUUCCUAUCAGCACUGGGCAGACUGAAGAACCACAUGCUUCUGAAAAGACUAUUGUCCAUAACUUGUCGAGUGAGUGGAUGAUAACACUGCCAAAUGAUUCAAGGACUGACAGCAAAUCUUCUAUCCGUGGUGCUAAUUUAGCUGUUCGCGAUAGUGCUUCUAGUCAUGUUGCUGCUCCUGGUUUACCUCCUUGGUCGUGCUCGGCUUGCACCUUUUUGAACUUGUUUGAAAUGAUUGAAUGUUCAGUAUGUCUGACUCCAAAACGGCGAAGCCGGAGGGUGAGUGCAAAAAAGAAUCUACUUACAGUGGAAACUGGAAAGGAGGUCAAUGCGUGCGAGAUGACUCUAAGUGGCAAGAGGCGACGGAAAGGAAAUAAGAAUGUAAAAGACCAUAAUCCACAGGACAUGGAUGUAGAAGCAGGUACGGAGGCACGCUCAGCUCGUUUGGAGGAAUGUAUCAACAACACAACAGCUCAACGUGAUCGUGACAUUUCAUUGGCGGGAGAUGAAGGCUUGACACCAGAACCAUUGGGAUCAUCCCCUGUAACAGAUAGUAGCAGUCACACGCAGUAUGGCCAUGAAAUCUUUAGAGAAGAGAUUCCUGGAGAGGUCACCUCUAACCCUCGAAAGCGACUUAAGCUGGAUGAGGUCGAAGGAGAAAGUAGCAUCCGUGUUGUUUCAUAUGAUUCAGAAAUUGUGUGCAGUAACAGCACUAUAAAGUGUUCGUAUGCAAUGUCCUCUCCUGUAUCUUCAUACGAGCUAAUGGCUGCCACACCCCCCGACGAUAAAGGCGUAGAUGUAGUUCGUCCACUCAACUGUGUUCUUUCCUCAGAUGAAGAAGAACUAGAACUUAGAAACGAUCAUAAAUCAAGGAACUGUAAAAUUGAAAAUAGUGAUUUGGAAAUGGACUGCGAACAACUUGACGUUUCAGAUCAUUCAGUGACUGAACAGUGCAGUGGAGUUUCUUCGACAGUUUCCUCUUAUGGGAAGAGGGGUGGCCAUUUGCCAUCUUCCCAAAAGUCGGAAAUUAUCAAGGUCAUGGAGGAACUUGAAGAGCUGAAGGCUGCAGCAGAAGAACUGUUUAAUUCAGAAUGGGAAGACGACGAGCGUUGGUGGGAAGAAGAGAGUUCCUUUGGAGAAAGUUCAUUUGCCUCUAGUAGUGAAACAGUGUCAAGUAGUCCAACAGUUACAAGGCCAGGAUUUACAAAGUGCUCCGAACUGUGUUCAGUCACAGAGCUUAAAAAGAAGCUUGAAGCAGAUACUAAACAACUAAAUGAUACCCGGCGGCCCAAGACUGUUCAUAAACCUCAAUCUGCUAAGGGUAUCCCUGAAAGUAAGGAAGCCACGCCACUAGCAAAUGAUCAUACUUUAAGACCUGAGUUGGAUCCAGGGGGGGAAGAGGAGAAAGAAGAUGAAGAAGACGCCCCCCCUGAAGCGAUGAAGUUGAAAUUCUGUUUAAGUCGUUACACAGAACGGUUAUAUUUGUACUCCCAGGAUGGCCUUCCUCUUGGAAUUAAUUUUUGCAUGUCUGAUGUUAAGAACUGCAACAUGGAAGAUUUACCCGCCAUUCUUCUUCAUGAAGAAAAUUUAACGCAAAUUAAAAGAUUCCUUGAAAAAUGGAGGAGGGUGGGAGAGGGGAAGAAACGAAUACUCCGAAAAUCAGGACUUGUGUUUGAUGAUCCUUUGGAAGCUUACGAGUGUGCAAGAAAGGGUAUGUCCAGGACAUCCAGCUAUGUUCGACACCCUUCAAAGGAAACGCAGAUUCAGGCUGUUCACAAUACCGCAGAAGAAGUCGGAGGAAAGGUUCGGGUGGUAAAGAAACCCCAAGUUGUAGAAAACAAAAGGAAGAAAACCGAUCACGCUAAGAACAAAACAGAUGGUGCAGAGGAGGCCGAGUGCCCAGUACCUACCAGCCGCACACAAGUAUGUGCCUCAAACAGAAUCUCCGAGGAUAAGACCUACACGUAUCACCAGGCCGUGACGGCUGAUGGGAUACCACUAUGUUUGUCCUGUAAGGGCCCAGUGGAGUUCGUAGAGACACUGAGGUGUUCAGAUUGGGAUACCAGAUUCUGUUCGCAUGACUGCAAACAGGAAUAUCAGGUACGUGGAAGUGGUACGACGGCAAGGAGAGCUUUGUUUGAAGCAGAAAGAGGAAUUUGCCAGCUGUGUUCAAUGGACGCCCACAACUUGUACCAAAAUGUCGUCGCGUUACCUGUCAGAGAUCGGCCAAAAUUCUUGGCUCAGACUCCAUACUCAGCUUUGCCAAAUCAAACUUUGAAGAAAAUGAUAAUGGAGCCAAAGGAGGGAAUGUUCUGGGAAGCGGACCACAUCACACCUGUGUCAGAGGGAGGCGGUGAAUGUGGAUUAGAUAACCUAAGGACCCUGUGCGUCAUAUGCCACAGGAAGGCUACUACUGAAUUAAACAAAAGACUAAAACAACGGAGGGUGCUAGAGCAGGUUGCUGGCUAUGCUGAUAUAUCAACGUUCUUUCAUCCACUUACCUGAGGAGGGACAUCAUAUAAUUCUAAGCCAGAUAGCAAAGUGCUAUAGAGGUGAACGGCAAAGGUGUGUCGCACAGAAUAAACAGGCCUUAUAUUAGAUUUAUUUUCAGUUUUGUUUCAAACUUUAAACAUCUGUCCUCUAUGUUGUAACUUCCUCUCUGAAGAAGAGACCAAAUAUGUUCCUUUUGUGUAUCUCGAUAUUUGGAAAACAAGCUAAUAAGGAAAUAUACCGGGGGCAAACCCGUAUUCAACUUAGCAAACAAAAUACUUUUCAGAGGCUGCAUUUCAAACAAUCGAGACUCAGCAAAUUUGAUUGCUCAAGACUUGUGUGUAAUUGUGUUGGGUUACGUUUAAUUUCAUACGGGAAAAAGAUCAGGUGUGAUACUUUAACUGAGGGAAAACAACCUCAAAGUAAUAAAUAACAAAACCAUUUUUUUGUGUUUUUAUUGAAAGUUUUGUUAUCAUUUUGGCACGAAACAGUAAAAUAUAUAUAGCGAGAUACUAAAGAAAAAAUUUUUUACGAAAUAAUAUUGAAUGGUGAUUUUCACCAAAUUAUCAGAUGCUAAAGUGGCUGUGAUAACCUCAAAAUAAUCAGUAACAACAUUUUUGUUUGUUUUUUUUUUUAAUUGAAAUUUGUUUUAUCAUUUUUGACACGA